AUGCCAUCCCAAACAUACCUCGUCAUCGGCGCCUCGCGCGGGAUUGGCUACGGCCUCGUCGAGCAGCUCAGCGGGGAUUCAUCGAACAAAGUCAUCGCCACCGUCCGCAAACCGUUCGACUUCGGCAAGUCCAACAUCGAAACCCUCGUCCUCGACCAAUCCUCCACCUCCUCCGUGCAAGCCGCCGCCUCCAAACUUUCCACCCCAGUCGACACCCUCAUCCUCAACGCCGCCAUCGGCCUCGACGAAGCCCUGCUCUCCACCACCGAGGACCGUCUGCACGAAUACAUGAACACGAACAUCCUCGGCGUCCAGCGAGUCGUCAACGCCUUCCUCCCCGCCCUCCGCAAGGGCACGGCGAAGAAGAUCGUCAUCAUCACGAGCUACAGUGGGAGUAAUACUGCCCAGAGAGGAGCGGAGUUUGGUUUCAGGGGCCCGUAUGCUGUUACCAAGGCGGCGAAUAACAUGCAGGCUGUGCAGUUGCAUAAUGAGUUGAGAGGGGAGGGGUUUGUUGUUGCGCCUGUGCAUCCUGGUUGGGUCGCGACGGAUAUGGGGAGUCUGGCGAUCAACGACCGGGUGCCGGAGGGGGUGAAGCCGAUGCCGGUGGAGGACAGUGCGGCGGGGCUGAUCAAGGUGAUUGAUGGGUUGACCACUGAGGAUUCGGGCAAGUUUUGGGGGUUUGAUGGGAGUAGUAUGGCUUGGUGA